ACUGCUUUGGCACUGCUUUGGCGCCUCGCAGUCCGCAGUGGAGCAUCGAAGGUGUCAGAGGUGUAUUUUUUUUUCGGCGACUUGUACUGCUCGUUCGAGAGACUUUGUUCCCGGCCCCAAAACAGAUUUUGACGCAAUUUUUAACGUCACAGAGCAGCAGAGCCCAGAGCAGAGAAAGGAGACCCAGAGACAAACACAGAGCACUCCUAGACUCCUACACAGUCUCGCCCACAUUUGUAUCUUCGAGCUAUGGGCGUGGCAUCGACGAGCCAGAGCCAGAGCCAGGGGAAGAUGCUGUGGCUCCCUCUCCUCGCCCUGAUGGUCCUCAACGGCGUGGACGCAUACUCCAAGUACGGACGCGGCUGCGGGGACAUCGGAUGUCUGCCCAACGAGGAGUGCAUCAUCACCAGCGACUCGUGCAGCUACAACCAGAGGGACGGCAAGGACUGCGGCAACUAUCCGACCUGCAAGCGCCGCACCGGCUCCACCUCCAGCUCCGGCAGCAACCAGGCCUCGCCCUCUGUUAAUCCGUCAGAGGUGAGCGGCAGCACCCACAACUCCUAUGCCCCCAAUCCGCCAAGUGCCCCGCUGCCGGAUGCGGACGCGGGCGGUGGCGCUGGCUACAAUGGCGGCGGCGGCGGCUCCAACGGCAAUGGCAACGGUGGUGGCGGUGGAUAUGGUGGUGGCUUCUCGGCUGGCGGCCAUAGUCUCUACCCCAGUCUCCCCCAGUCCGGCGGUGGCGGUAAUGGCAAUGGUGGCGGUGGUGCUGCCCCCUACAAUCCCUACGGCGGCUACAACCCCCAGCAGCCCCCGCAGGGCGGUGGGGGCUACAACCCCUACAACGGCGGCUACCAGCCGGCGCCCGGCGGCUAUCAGCCGAGACCCGGCUACACCCCUCCGGCCCCUGGCUACGAGAACAAUGGCGGCGAUGGCGGACAAGGACAAAAGCCCAAGGACAAGCAGGGCGGCUUCUUCUCCAACUUCUUCUCGAACCCGGCGGUGAGUCAAGCGGUUUCCGGCAUCAUUGCCGGCCAGAUAGCCAAGCAGCUCCAAGGAGGAGGUGCCGGCGGGGCAGGUGGCGGUGGCGCCAGCUCCAAUGGCGGCUACCAGCCCAGCGGCGGCUAUGGCGGCGGCUCCUCUGGCGGCGGCGGAUCAUCUGGAGGCGGCGGCAGCAACAUCCUGGGCGGCCUACUCGGCUCCGUGCUGUCUGGCGGCGGCGCCAAUGCAGGCGGGGGCUCUUCGGGCGGCGCCAGCAGCUUCCUGGGCAGCCUCCUCAACGGCGGCGGCAACUCCAAUCGAGCCCAGUCUGGCGGCGGCGGCGGCGGAGGCGGCCUGGGCGACAUCUUCAGCUCGAAGAACUUUGGCGGCCUCUUCAGCGAGAAUCCCUCUUCCCGUGGGGGAUCUGCCGGCGACGCGUCCUCCUCCUCCGGGGGACCCAAGAGCUACCCCACCCAGGCCCCGGGCAACUACUAUGGAUAGAUCGGAUCGGAUCGGGGACAGAUCGGAUCACUUCUUUUCUUGUGUAAGCGUGUAUUUCUGUUUAUUUUCGGAUGGCAUCUAAUCAAAUGGAGAACUUUCAACGAAAUUAACUGAACAAUAUUGCAACACAUACACAAGCAUAAGCGUAACAUAUACAUAUACAAAUACAAAUACAAAUACAUAACUGUAACGAUAACGAUAACGAUAACGAUGAUUAUACAAAUACCAUAUAUAUACCAUAUAUAUAUAUAUAUACAAGAAUAUACCUAUACUUGAGCAUCAGCCGAAGGAUGCAAUUUGGAUUGAAUACCGUAGCGUAACCCGUACUCCGUACCCCGUACCCAGUACUCCGUACAACGUGCCCCUUGCCCCGUACUUUGCCCAAAACACCAAACCGAAACACAUCCAAUACCCCCAUUCGGAGUUCAUUUGUAAAUACUUAGAGACAAACUGAAUUUGAAAUUGAGAAUGAUAAUACAUAUACGUAAGAAUUGAAAGCCAAUCGAAA